CCACCAUGUCGACCUCUAAUAUCCCACUCAGGCUGGCGGGAAUGCAUCUAGGACUUCCAGACAAUGCUUCCCGUGACCUAAUUCCUCAAGACUAUCUCACCGAACUCUCUAAACAUUUGGCUAUCUAUCCUGACGAUACAAAGUUCGAACUAUCAAGCCAGCCAAACCGUGGAUUUGGAAAAGUUACUUGUCUUGAGGACGGCUGCGAUCGCUUCCAGAUCGAACUCCAACAUAACCCAACACUCUCUGACGGCGGAAGGAAGAUCGGCAUAGGGUCUCUCUCUGCAUACAGGGCGCAUAUAGCCCAACAUCCAACACAUAGCCGGAGCCGUCUCCUCCGCAUCAAAACUGCCCAUGACCACAGCAAGAUAUCUUCCUCCAUGUCAUUAUCGAGAAAUGGAUUAUUGGUGAAGAACGAACCAGUUGACCUGAACACAAGUCGAGUCCCACUAUCGUCUUCGCCUGAUCCCCCUCAUAACACCAUAUCCUUGCAUCAGCCACGCCUCUCCCUCGUCAAGGCGGAGCCUAAGGAGGACGUAUUCGAGGGCUCCUCAAACUCUUCUCCGUCUCCCGCCUCCCAAUCAUCUUCUCCAGGUAUUCGCAAACGCUCUCCAAGCCUCGACACCGAUAACUUGGAUUUCUUGCCCUCCCCAAUGAGGUCAUCAGGUUCUAUUUUCCCUCCUGCCAAGAAGCUCAAAACAGAGCUCACGUCGAGGGCACCUCUGGGGGUCAGUACCAAUGUGGUCAUAGUUGCUCCUACGGGUGUGAUCCCGCAUGCUGCACUCGACGUGGAUGAUAUUCAAGGGAAAAUCGACAACCUGCAAGCUGAAAUCUUCCUCAAGCAGGACAUUCUGGAUGGGCUGCUUCGUCAAGAUUCGCGAACCCCUGCCGAACUUAUGCUCAUCCAGAGAUACGUAGAUGAACUAACAUCCCUUGAUCUUCUGCAAGGCGAGUUCAGGAGUCACUUGCCGGUGGAAAGGAGUCCCUUUAUGUCCAACGUUGCACCUCACUAUUCUUUCGGUGAAGACGGGGAAAUUGGGCAUAGCGCGCUUCCAUGGUAUGCACAGACUGCGCAUGCCCCGUUAGGUUUAUUUGCUUCAUCCUCAACCACGAGAAACCAUUCACUCCCAGAACCUGUUCCUGCGCCUCUCGCUGCAUUUCCGGUCACCAUUAACUCGGAUGGUGUUCCUCCCUGUGUGCCUCCUCCUCUCCAGGUCAAUGCUGUUGCAGGUCCUAGUAAGCAGGCUCAGCAGCCAGCAUAUAUUCCAGGUCACAUCCUUCACAAUUACGACGGAGGCUACGAGGAUGAAUCUGGCGAUGCAGAGAUGGAUUAUGCAGGCACGAACGAAACUGCCAAGGCGAACGAGGUCGCUAUGCAGUUUGCAGGUACUUAUAUUCCUAAUGUCGCGCCGAUCGUACAAGACGACCAUGACUACGAUGGAGAUGGCAACUUUCGUGGUCGCGGUAAAGAUCAUUUCCAGGGUCCAAUUGCCAAACCGGAUGACAUCGGCAAAUUCCUGGUCGAAGCUGGUAAUUCCGAGAGUUUCGACCAUAAUGCGACCGUUGAAGCGGCUUUGAACAAGCUCGGUCUCCCUACGUUAGCCACUCCUCUGCCGGGAAUGGCAGUUGCAUUAAUGCCACAUCAAGUAAUCGGGGUCGCUUGGAUGGUUGAAAAGGAGAACAGUAACCUCAAGGGUGGUUGUUUAGCCGAUGAGAUGGGCCUUGGCAAGACCGUCCAAAUGAUAGCCUUGAUGAUGAAAAACAGACCGGACGACAACAGUCGUCGGACUACUCUCAUUCUCGCCCCUACCGCCCUCCUUGAUCAAUGGAAGAUGGAGAUAGAGGUUAAGACUAAUAUCGGUCUGAAAGUGUUGAUCUAUCACGGUUCCUCCAAACUGAAACGGGCCAAGGAUCUCCUUAAAUAUGACGUUGUCCUUACCACCUUCCAAACUAUGGCCUUGGAAUGGCCUGAUAUUGAACAAGAAGAGAAAAAGAAAAAGAAAGCCAAGGCUCAAAAAGAUGAUCCCAUCAUGUCUGAUUCUGUCAAUGAGAAUACGCAGAAGAAAGAUAAGAGUCAAGAAGCUGGUUUGCUUUUUCAAAUCGAGUUUUUCCGAAUCGUCCUUGAUGAAGCACAGGGGAUCAAAAAUAAGAAAACAAGAGUGUCUCGUGCAGUAACCGCGCUCAAGGCGAGGUAUCGCUGGUGUCUCACUGGUACACCCAUUAUCAAUGGGCUUUCCGAUACCUAUCCCUACAUUAGAUUCCUUCAGAUUCGACCAUGGCACGAUUUUGUAGAAUUUCAUAGCCUAGUUGGCAAGCUGGAGAGAAAGAACCCGCAACUCGCAAUCACUCGACUGCAAGCUAUUCUCAAUAUCUUUGUCCUUCGACGCAAGAAGAACUCCAAGCUGGAUGGCAAAGUUCUGAUCGAUCUGCCCACCAAGGAAAUCACGCUUCAGCGUUUAGAGUUCACGGAGGAAGAACGCGAAAUUUAUGAUGCGGUCGAAAAGAGAAUGCAAACCCAGUUCAAUCGCUUCUUGAGAGCAGGUACCGUCCUUAAGAAUUAUCAUCACGUCUUAGUUCUUCUCCUCCGACUUCGUCAAUGUUGUGCGCAUCCAUCCUUGAUUCAAGAAGACGGCGUAGCCUUUGUGGCUCCCGACGAACUUGACGACGCUGGGAGAGUGUUGAAGAGAGCUCGGGAAUUGGUUUCCGAGGAAUUCGUUACUAAACUGAAGACGAAGUUCAGAGAAGCUGUACUUGAAAGAAUGAGGGCUGAAAAAGAGUCGGAGGACGCUACUUUCGAAACAGAUGAUUGCCCAAUUUGCUACGACAAUUUUACCAACGCGGUUAUCACCUCCUGUGGUCACAGUUUUUGUAAAGAGUGCAUCCAUGAUGUUUUCAACGCUCCAUUCGUCGUACCUGCGAACGAGGUUGGUGAACAUCAAGUUACGGAACGUCCAUGUCCUGCCUGUCGUACCCCGAUAUCGAAAGAACUUCUAUUCGAACAAGCCGCCUUCAUGCCAACAGACGAAGAAUUGAAAGAGGCAGGUGGUCAAGGCGAAGAUUCUGACAUAGAAAUGGACGACGUCGAUGUAACGAUCAGCAAGGGUAAGGGCAGAGCAAAGGUAACCAGCUCCAGGUCCAGUCGCAAGGUCAAAAGAUCGCUGGUUUUUCACGAUUUUAUCGAUGUCGAUGCUUCGGAGACCGACGAUGAAAACGAAUACGAUGACGAUGACAUGAGUGACUUUAUUGUAGAAAGUGACGAUGAUGAAGAAGAGCAGGAAGUUCGCAAGGCUCUGAAAAAGUGUCUCGGCAAACGUAAGGCCAGGGUCAUCCUUGACUCGGACGAGGAAGAAUCAGACGAAGAGAAGGAGGUCAUUUUUGGCAAGAGCAAUGUCAAGAAGCUUUCUCCAGAAGCGAUCAAACUCCUCCCCAGGUUUUUACCUUCGACCAAGAUGAAGUAUAUGAUGGAACAUAUUCGCCAGUUAUUCUUGGAUCGACCUGAGGAAAAGAUUUUGGUUAUCUCGCAGUGGACUUCCUGUUUGUCGUUGGUUUCGCAAUAUCUAACAGAGAACCAUAUUCUCCACGUCAAGUACCAAGGCGACAUGAAUCGCAACAAGAGAGAUGCCGCUGUGCGGUCGUUCAUGUCAAAGGAUAAAGCACGAGUUAUGCUCUUGUCGCUGAAGUGUGGAGGUAUGUACUUCCUUACAAUGUCGUAUAAAUUGACCUGACACGGUAUCCAUAUUAGGAGUCGGCCUCAACCUCACUCGUGCCAACAAUGUUAUAUCGUUGGACCUUGGUUGGUCCCAAGCGAUUGAGGAUCAGGCUUUUGACCGGUAUGCGUCUAGUGGGUCAACUUUUGCCUGUCAAAGUCCAUCGUCUGGUCGUCGACCGCACUCUUGUAAUUGACGUUCAAUAUUGCCAUAGCAAAUAUUGGCGGAUGGGAGUCUCGGUGAAGGAACGGCGAAGAAAAUACGGCGGAUGACUGUCAAACAGCUCGCA